AUGUUCUUUGGGCAUCGCCUUCCGAGCCGACCUGAUCUCGGCGGCAAAGAACUUGACGAUCUCCGUCUUAGUGCAGAUUGGAAACCAUUGACACUGGACGAAACAGUUCUGCUGAAUACGCCAUCGUUCUGCGGAAGUAUAUGUAUCGAAUUUGCUCUCGAGGCCGUUGCGGUAACUGCUCUUGUACAGCGAGGUCGACUGCUUGAAGCUGAAGGUGCGGAUGACACGGUUGCAUUUGACUCAUCGGCUGCUCUACCAUCCGACUCCUACAAUGGGUUACGGAAUACUAUCUCGGCUUUUGAUGAAGGGGCUGCUGUGGACGCGGCUUUGAAAGUUCUGAAGCUAAUGUUGACAGAAUGUGUCCGAGAUAUUGCUCACAGUGCCAAUAAGCGUGCUGACCAGGUCGUCAUGUCACUCAGCAGGUGGCUCCACUCUUCGAACGCGCUACUGUUCGAUCCCGCUAUAACGAGAAGCGUCGGAAUCCUGGAGAGGAAGCUCGUCCUUCUAUUAGCAGCUGAGUGCGAACGGCUCGGUGCGAAGGUAAUCCAUGCAACGCCAACGCGUCUUGUGCUGGAUACGGGAAAAUGUGAACUAGAACAAGGCACGGCAUUCACGGAUCUUUUGUUGCAAUCACUUGGCCAAAAUCCUCUAUUCGCUGCCUUACACAUGAGACCAACUCAAACUUGGAGUACCUUGUUGUGGUAUGACGGGCAUAAUUUUACUGGUAGGUGUUUAAUAAUUGGCACAGAAUCCUAUGCUUCACAUCUCAUCUUUGUAAUUUGUCUGCAUUGUAUUUCCUCAUUUGGAUUCUAUUUCAAAGUAUUUAAGCAUUAUUGGCGAAUGUCUGAUGAUCUGCCAACAGAGGGCGCCAUUCGGGAAGAGUUCCGAAAAAUAGCGACGGGAUAUGUGAUGUUGUUCAUGCAAGAGCAGCGGAAAACGAAUUUCGAUACGGAAACAGCAGUGAAAUUCCGUAAUGAUCUGAUAAAACAGCACAUUGGCCAUCGGUUGUUCCGAGUCAUUUCGAAGCUGGCCGGUCAACGUCUAACACACCAUGCAGCUGCGUCACUUGUAAAUGUG